AUGGUGGCAUCCGAGGCAGCACAAAGUGGCGCUGCCGGGUCGCCGUCUCGCGCCGCGAUGCUCGCCGCAAGCAGCGCUGGUGUCGGCUCGUCGGCGAGCAGCGCUUCGGGCGGCGGCUUGACCGCAGAGGAGGACGUUACCGUUCUCGAGUCGCAGGCUCGGGCGUGGAUUGAGCGUUGCUUGGGUCGGCAGCUUCCGUCGGACCGCGCGCUCCCCGAUAUUCUGGAGGACGGGCAGACGCUUGUGGAGGUGGGGCGGGCAGCGCAGCGCGCAGCCAAGGGAUGGCUGAUUAUGGGGAAGGCGGGGGGAGGCGGAGAGGGGGGAGGGGCGCUCGGGGGGAAGGCGGGGGGAUCUUUUGCGCGAUGGGGCGGGGGAAAGAGCGGAAGCGGGGCGGGGUUGAAGGACGGGGAGGACUGGGAGGAGGGGGAAGGGGAGGCGGAGCAGGGGGAGGGGGAGGCGCCGUCCGCGGAGGUGGGGCGGAACAUGGCGUUCUGGCGCUCGUGCGUGAAAGUGGAGAUGUUCCUCAAGAUCUGUCGCAGCAUAGGGCUGUACGACGUGAAUGUCUUUACCCCACCCGAUCUGGUGGAGAGGCGUGAUCUGAGGCGGGUGUAUCUGUGCUUGCGCACACUCAGCAAGCGCACCAUCGGACUCAAGGACUUUGACGGCAGCAUGGUGACUGCCACGUCAGCGACACGCCACCGGCUCAUGUCGUCUGUAUCCAAAACCAUCCGACACACCACCGCCGCCCUCUCCCCCUCUCCCUCCCUCUCUUCCUCCUCCUCUCACUCCAAACCACCUCCAGUUGCACCCUCCCCUGCUCUUCCCUCACCUGCUGCACUCCUCCCUGCUCUGCCCUCCCCUGCCCCACCGCCCCCAGCAGCCGCUCCCCCUGCUCUGCCGUCCCCUGCUCUGCCUACCCCUAUUUCCCAGUCUGCUAUUAUAUCCAAUGCACCCUCCCCAGCUGCACCCUCCCCAGUUGCACCCUCCCCAGCUGCACCCUCCCCAGCUGCACCCUCCCCAGUUGCACCCUCCCCAGCUGCACCCUCCCCAGCUGCACCCUCCCCAGUUGCACCCUCCCCAGCUGCACCUUCCCCAGCAGUACCCCCUCCCAAGCCAGUCCCACCGUCACCAAGUCUACCCUCCUUGGUUCCUAUCUCCCCACCACCCCCACCACCACCCUCCCUGCGGGUUGCUGCCCCUCUGAUUCCCCUCAACUCAUCGCUUCACCUCCCCGCUCCUGUCGCUGCCGCUGCCGCUGCCCCUGCUGCUGUUCCUGCCGCUGCUCCUGGUGCUUCCUCACCCUGCCCACCCUCCUUUGACCCCCCUCGAAGCGAAGUCCUUCCCUCCCCCCAAUCUCCCUCAACCCCCUCCGCCUCCCCUUCCCCCUCGCCCUCCGCCUCUCCCCCGUCCGCAUCCCCUUCCCCCUCGCCCUCCGCCUCUCCCCUCUCCGCCUCCCCAGCGUCGCACUCCCUAAGCCCCUCUAUCCUGCCUGAACCGGACCAGCUCAUUCCCCUCUCCCCAUUCCCCUCCGCAUCCUCCCUCGCAUCUUCUCUCAACUCUACUCGCUCCUACGCCACCCCCACCAGUGCUGCCUCCUCCCUCACGCUUGCCACUGCGAGCGCCGCUACUGCCGCCACUGCCACCAGUGCCAUUGCUGCCACUACCGCUACAGCCACUACAGCUGCUACAGCCGGGCAGGGGGCAGCAGGAGAUCGCAGCAUUCCGCGGUGGUGGGCGCCGGCCUAUCCUCGUCCCGCCAGCCCCUCUCGUCGCUUCUCCCACUCCUCCUCUGUCGCUGCCUGGCAAGCGUCUAGCGCUGCUGCUGCUGCUGCAGCUGCUGCUGCUGCUGCUGCUGGUGGUGUUGCUGGUGCUGCAGCUGCCGGGGUUGCUACUGCUGGUGCUCCUGUUGGUGUUCCUAGGUCCGUCAGGGGUGAUUAUUUGCCGAACCUGCCAUCUUGGCUCGGCCCGGAGCAGCAGGCAGUGCUUCGGUCGCGAUCCCCGGCUCGGGUGCCCGCGUGGGUGGUGAGGGAGGGGGGAGGGCCAGCAGAGGCUGUACGGGGGAGGAGGAGGUCGGCCUCGGUUACUGCGGUGCAAAGGGUCCCACCCGCUACAGUCACACCCAGACAGCCAACACCCCCUCGCACACACACCUCCCCUCUGCGCUCCAUCUCCCCUCCCACCACUUUCCACCCAUCUGAACCGGAGUCCCUCCCUGACACAACCACUAUGGGGAGGAGGGGCGGAGGGGGGCGGAUGGGGCAACUGCAGCAGCAGGAGGAGUUAGGUUUAUUAGAGCAGCAGCAGGAGGAGCAGCCGGGGAGGGGGUUAGGGGCGAGAAAUUGGCAGCUGCUGGCAGCAGCAGGGGCGGCGGUGCUGGUGGGGGGAGCGGUGGUGAUGGCAGCUCAGCGCCAUCAACGGCUGAGAUCGACCGGAGCAAGCAGCGAUCGGGAGAUUGAGAAUGUGAGGAGGAGGAGCAGUGAUUCACGGAGCAAAGGCAAGGGGAAGGGCUCAGCUGAAGCGGGUUUGGAGUCAGCAGUUGGGAAGGUGGAAUCCGAGGGAGGGUUUUCCCACUGGCUGGCUUCCAUGCCCACUGGUGCAAAGCUCAGUGAGAAGGAGUUUGAUGAGAGGUUCAAGGAGCUUGAGAAGGAGGCAGUGGAGGUGGAGGAUGAGUUCUUGCGCUGUCUGGGGCCUGCCUAUAACGAGUACGGAGACAACGAUGACGACGAGGAGGAGAUGAUGUCGUUCAUUGCUGCCGUCACCAGCAAACCCGCCCCGACUCACACCAACUCAGCAGUCCAGACAAACCCAGUGGCUCAGACCAGACCAGCAGCCGUAGCACCAGGUUUGACUAACCCAGCAGUGCCAACGUCAGCAACAGCAAUGAGAGAAGCAGCAAGUAGACGGGCAGCAGGUGGGGCAGCAGCGGCAGCAGCGGCAGGCAGAGGGAUACGCUCCCUGCCUGAAGCCGGUCCUAAGGAAAAGACCUUAACUGGGGGAAGCACGAGCAGAGGUCCGUCUGAUGAGUUUGACAAAUGGGCGCCGUUUGAUGAAGCCCACUUGACCAUUGACCCGUUUCAAGGGAGAAACGGCGCUUGUGAGCGCAGCCGCAGCAAUGCAACUGGUGCGAAUGCUGCACAAGGGAGAGACAGCAACAGCAGCAGCAACGUGACUGGUGCAGCCACAUAUGCAGCAACGGAUGCAGGAAAGGGUGCAGGACGGGCUGCAGCUAAGGGUGCAGGAAGGGCAAUGAGUGGUGGUGGUUCCCUUGGGAGGGCUGGAGGCCGGGUGCAUGAAGUGCAGCCGGGUGAGACGCUCUCUGGGAUUGCAGUGAGAGAGGGGUGUACUGUUGCAGAUAUUUUGAGGGCCAACCCGCAUAUUGCCUCGCCGAAUUGUAUUUAUGCGCGUGACCGCCUUGUGCUCUAG